GCGCGCGCGAAAUGAAAGUGAACUCAUUGGUGGUAUAAAAGCGGCUGGUGCGCCAAUCUCAGCAUCCAGUAUAUCGUCUGGAAUCGUCCAGUCGCCUUUUCCAUCAUUGUUCUUUUGCACGCGAGUAGUACAAUGAAAACAAUAUAUUGUAUUUGCGCCCUUCUCCUGGUGUCGACGGUUCGCGCCGGAGAGACAGAGGAAAAGAAGGCGACAAAGAAGGCUGAACCCCUUGAGAAGAAGCUCGACAAGCGUGGUCUUCUCAAUUUGGGGUAUGGGUAUGGAAUUAAUGGGCUCGAUUUGGGCUACAUUGGCAGUGGUCACGGAUUGGGUGGAGCCUACCACGGUGGCUUCUCUCACGGUGGUGGAUACUCCCAUGGGGGAUACUCUCAUGGUGGCUAUGGAGGAUACUCUCUGGGACACAGUGGUUAUUCCCUGGGUCACAGUGGAUACAGUGGUGGACACAACAGCUUCCUUCUGGGAGGACACACAGAUGUUACCAAGACCGUAACACUCGUUAAGGGUGUCCCAGUGCCACAUGUUGUUGAGAAGCACGUUCCAGUUGUCCACGAGAAGCACGUCCCAGUGCCCGUGAAGGUUCCCGUGCCACAACCCUAUGAGGUCGUCAAGCAUGUCCCCGUGCACGUUAAGGAGUACGUCAAGGUGCCCGUUCAUGUGCCCCAACCCUACCCAGUGGAGAAGAAGGUCCCAUACCCAGUUCAUGUGCCCGUCGAUCGCCCAUACCCCGUCAAGGUUCUCGUUCCACAACCCUACCCCGUGGAGAAGCACAUCCCAUACCCCGUGAAAGUUCCCGUACCCCAACCCUAUGAAGUUUUGCGUCAUGUCCCAGUGCCUGUGAAAGUUGAGGUUCCUGUGCCAGCUCCAUACCCAGUUGAACGUAAAGUUCCCGUCCCCGUGAAGGUGCCCGUUGAUCGUCCAUACCCCGUGCACGUACCCCAACCCUACCCAGUGCACGUUGAGAAACCCGUUCCAUACAUUGUGGAGAAACCCGCUCCCUACCCAGUCCAUGUUCCCGUCGAUCGUCCCGUGCCCGUUGUGCACGAGAAGCACGUCCCUGUGCCCGUGAAGGUGCCCGUUCCCCAGCCCUAUGCUGUGGAGAAGCACAUCCCAUACCCAGUUGAGAAGCACGUGCCCUACCCCGUUAAGGUGCCCGUCGAUCGUCCCGUACCUGUGAUCCAUGAGAAGCACGUCCCCGUGAUCCAUGAGAAACCCGUCCCAGUCCCCGUAAAGGUCCCCGUGCACGUGCACACAGAUGUCCAUCAUGUCCAUGAUGUCCAUCAUCACGAUCUCCACCAAGAUGUGCACCAUCACGAUCUCCACCAGGAUUACCAUGAUGGUAGCUACACGAGCUUCAGCGGUUUGGGUGGAGAAUACUCCUACCACCACUAAGAAGGUGCACGCUCCUGGCUUCACCUUCCAGGGGGAUGCAGCGGCAACCAAAAUUCCCCAAAAAAAAACAACAAACAAAACCAACCCCCUUCUCGUCCCAUUAUAGCCCCUAAGAUUGCCACAAUGAGAUGUGAAAGAGACAUAAAACCUUCUUCUUUUGCUACGCAUUAACCACCAAUUCUCUUUCAUUUUCUCUCACACUCUCUCUUAAGAAAGAAUUAUAUAUAUAAAUUGCGAUCUUUGCUUCCUGAUCCUAUGCCUAAAUUUGACCUCUAUCUCGUCCCCCCUCUGAAACCCUCCGCUACCUUUGUGUAUAAUUUAUAUAUUUGUGUACCUAUAUAGUUUUUUUUUGUAUGAAAAAAAAAAGAGAUGUAAAAUGAAAUAAAAGUUGAAAGAAUGAAA